GCAAAGAAGAAUUUUUCUGUUCCGUACCAGCGAUGAAAAUGCCGAUCUCAAACCGCGAAAUUAUUUUGGAAUUAUAUAAGCUAAACUAGAAAAUGUUUGAAAAUUCCGUAGCCGCAGUGCGUGAAUAUUCAACCAUGUAUUAUAACUCUGUGUAUAAUGCAUCUACGAUGUUCGACAUAAAACACUCUGAAAGUCAAGUUCAGCAACAGAUAUAUAACACAAAUCACAUAGGAUAUGUGCCAACUUCAAGUACUCGGAUCGUUAAAAAACGAAAUACAGCUAACAAAAAGGAGAGAAGGCGAACACAAAGCAUAAACAAUGCAUUUUCCUACCUUCGAGAAAAGAUUCCUAAUGUCCCCACAGAUACCAAACUUUCAAAGAUCAAAACAUUGAAGUUGGCCAUAUUGUACAUAAACUACUUAGUUAAUGUUCUUGAUGGAGAUCAGGAUCCAAAAGGCGGAUUUCGAGCAGAACUUAAGCCGGUCAGCCGUAAGAUUUGUAGCGAAAAGAAACACUGCUUAAAGUCAGAAAUUCAAAAUAUUCCCAUGUCGACUAAGGGCCGUACGGGAUGGCCACAAGAUGUUUGGGCAUCGGAACUUAUUCCAGAACAUAAUUAGACUUCCGUAAAACAGUGCAACGCGAAAAAUGUAACCGCAGUUUUGAUUUUCCUCUGGCUUAGAUCGCGUUUGAAUAUUACAGCUACUUAUAUAUCUAUUUGGUGUAAAACUCUAUUUUUAAGGGGAGUAUUUCGAAAGACCAUUCGAAUUUCAGGUUCAGGUCCUCAAUGAUAUUAUUGCCAAAGACAUAAAGACGUACAAAAGAAUAAAAAAAUUUGUUUCAGAACAUUGAAUAUAAAAAUGCCAUGGAAACAUAGAAGUUGGUAUCUUAAAUACAUAUAUAUUUCCGAAAUUUUAAAGUUUUUUCACGAAAGGUGCAUUUUUUAAGAAGUUUGUUUUGCAAAACAAUUAUCGUGACAGCCAAUGAACAGAAAAUACAAUUUAUACUUGAAAUCUUUACAUUGCUAUAAUAUCCAAACGCGAGCUAAUUAAGAGGAACACCAAAUGGGGUCUGACUCAUUUCGAUGAGUACUUUCAGAAUUUUAAAUCCAAGCUGUGGUUACACUCGAAAACUCUAAAAAUGUUGCACAGUGUAAUUUAUUUAAAUUCUAUGUCAUAAUAAAUAUA